AUGGUCAGACAGUGUAAGGUAGAAUAUGAUCGCGACAAAUGGCUUUAUAGGUUGUCCAAAGCUAAGCGAAAAGCUUUUGGAACUUUGUUGAAAAAUUAUAAGAUAACCGAGGCAUUCGACAAGCUUAUGGAAUUCCCGGGUGUUAUUGCUGGGCUCCAAUUUGGUAAUAUCCACAGGUACCUUGCGCUGCACAUUGACGAAGAGCUUUUGUGUUAUUUCGAGUAUAUUUACAAAACGUGGGAUUGCAUUUUGCAAAUAGAUAAUUGUCCACCUCCGAAGUUACUUGUUGAUUUGGCCAGCGUUACGAACCUUCGCGGCACAACGCUCUUCCGAUGUCUCACCCAAAAGGACUACUGGAAAGCCCCAAAGCGCGCUUUGCAAAAUAUAAGGGAAGAGAAAAUUCCAGCCAGAAAGUUUGAAGAGACAAAAACAUAUUUGAACAAAUUAGCGUUAUGCGUUGGAUUUGACAAUCCCAAAAUCCAAAAAAUUAGGGAUAAUCCCAACGGCGAAAAAAGGGGGCCAAAGUAUAAUUUCCGAAAAGCUACAUUUGUCGAAUGGCGUAAUGGCAUAUCUUUCACCAGAAUUUACCUGGAACUAAAGUCAACGGGUUUUUUACACCGAAUUAAAUAUUAG